GAUUCUGCUCUGAAAAACAAGAAACCAAAACAAAGGAAUUUUCUUACGAAAUUUUUGAAUUGAAAAUUUAAUAAAUGUCUAUAAAUUGGUUGAGAUUUGUUUCCCCCUCUCUUAAAAAGCCCCCUCUUUUUCAUCUCUGUCACUUGCCUCCUCCUCCUCCUUCUUCUUCUGCUGUGAUUGUGGCAAUGUCUUAUGAUAAAGAACUGGCUGCUGCAAAGAAAGCAGCCUCUCUCGCUGCUCGUCUCUGUCAGAAAGUACAAAAGGCUUUGCUGCAAUCCGAUGUUCAAUCAAAGAAUGAUAAAAGUCCUGUAACUGUUGCUGAUUAUGGCUCACAAGCACUGGUUAGUUUUGUGCUGCAGCAGGAAUUUCCUGAUAACUUCUCAUUAGUUGCUGAGGAGGAUUCUAAAGAUCUUCGCAAGGAUGGUGGCCAGGAAAUAGUAGAGCGCAUUACAAAACUUGUGAACGAUUCUCUAACUAUUGAUGGAUCAUACAAUGUUACUUUAUCCACAGAAGAUAUUCUCAGGGCCAUUGACAAUGGCAGAUCUGAAGGUGGUUCCCAAGGUCGACACUGGGUUUUGGAUCCUAUAGAUGGUACUAAAGGUUUUCUGAGAGGAGAUCAAUAUGCAAUAGCAUUGGCUUUGCUAGAUGGAGGAAAAGUUGUCCUGGGUGUGCUGGCUUGUCCAAAUCUUCCACUAACUUCCCUCAGUGAUGCUGGUCAGCAUUCUCCAAAUAAUAAAGUUGGCUGCCUUUUCUUUGCUGUAGUAGGUGGUGGAACUUAUAUGCAGCCACUUGAUGGUUCUUCGGCAGUAAAGGUGCAAGUAAGUGCUGUUGAAAAUCCUGAAGAAGCAUCAUUCUUUGAGUCUUAUGAAGCAGCACACUCCAUGCAUGAUUUAUCUAGCUUGAUUGCCCAAAAACUCGGCGUCAAAGCACCACCGGUUAGAAUUGAUAGCCAGGCGAAGUAUGGUGCUCUAUCCAGAGGAGAUGGAGCCAUAUAUCUGCGUCUUCCACACAAAGGGUAUCGAGAAAAAAUAUGGGAUCAUGCUGCUGGGUGUAUUGUUGUGAGUGAGGGGGCAAAAUGCAAGCGGACUCCUAGUACAAGGGCCUCCAUGAAGCUGGGGGUGUGGUCACAGAUGCUGCAGGGCAGCCAUUGGAUUUUUCAAAGGGAAAGUAUCUUGAUCUGGACACAGGCAUCAUUGUCACCAACCAGAAGUUGAUGCCAUUACUGUUUAAUGCAGUUAGAAAAUCUAUCCAGGAGAAAGCUUCAUCUUUGUGAUUCAUUUUAGAGGCAGGCUUCAUCCUUUCCUCAUAACUUGCUCUGUUAAGCUGGUUGAAACUUGAUUAUUUUUGCCUUCAAUGCUUGAACUUUUAUCAUUCUUCUCCCCAAUGCUUAUAGGAAGAUUUUCAUUUAGCAUGCAUGAACAAGAAUGGGACCAAUAAAUCUCAUCUCUACAAUUAAGACAAUGUAAUUGUAGACUAGAACUUGAAAGCAUGGUCCUAGGCCUUGAGCCUUUCUCUUUGUCCUACCUGGCAUUGGGUUUAGGUGUAAUUAAUUAGAUAAAGGAACUGUGUUGUUGAAUACAAACAUAUUACAUUAUUACUAAACUUAUUUCAUGGUAAAACAA